AAAGUACACGAAGUGCAGCUAUAAAGAAUAAAUAAAUAUAUAUAAAAUUUGUGCUGAUUAAUUUGUCAGUAGCCUAUAAGCAUUUAAUAAUACGUAAUAACGUGGAAAAAAAAACAAACUUUUAUGAUUAAGCAAUAAUAUAAAUUAUAAUUAGAUAUUUACAUUUUUCUUUUUUUCUAUAGUUUGAUUUAAAAUGGUUAGUCACUUUGGGGAGGUAAUAUUUCCAUCAUCACGAGCAUUUUGGGAUGACGAAGACGAAUAUGAACCAGUUGACAAUUUAGAACACUGUCCAAAAUUACACGUUAGCUGGCUAAAAAAUAAGCCUGAACGGAUGCAAAAGUUUAUCGUAAUAGAGGGAGAGCCAUUAAUUCCUUUUGUAAAGCAAUGCUUAUGUCAGAAUACAGAAGAAGUAUGCAUCAUUGAAAAUGAAAAUCAUAAAAAAUCUGUCAUCUACCACAUUGAUAAACAAAUAUAUCUGUGUCUAAUUUUACAACAGUUUGAUACAAAAUAUGCAGGAAUGCUUGUAAACCAGAUAUCUGACUUAUUAUUAAACACAGAGAGCACAAUUUCAAUAGUGUGCCGUCAUGUAUCACAGUUUCAGAGUACAAAUAUUCCAGAAACACCAUCAUUUUUAAGAAUCUUGACUACCAAAAAUGCAAAUGUUUCCAAGUAUAAAAUUGAACGAUUAGAACAACCAAAUAUUGUAUUUGGAGUUGGCGCAGGAGUUUUGUCUUAUGCUGAACUUACAGGCAUAUCAGCCAAAUUAUACAUGUUAUAUAUUGACAAUUUUGUACUGGAUUCUAAAUGUGCAGAACCACUUUUACAAGUUUUGACUAAUGAAAUAGAUUGUAAACUACAACAUCCAAAAGCUACUGAAAAUUUCUUUAGUAAAGGAAAUCUUUACAUGUAAAAUGA